AUGGCGAGGCUAUCCAACCCCAUCGCCUUCACUCGCUGGCCUGUCACCCUCCUGACCACCGCAGUCUACCUCGCGAUCAUCGUUACCUUGAUUGUUGUCCAGACAGGCGUGCCCAAUCCUCCCUCUUCUGCUACCCCUAUCCAUGGCAUCAAUCUGACCGAGGCAUGGAACGACUUGCAGCUCCUCACCUCCUCGCGUCACCCUUACAAUACACAUGCCAACGACAAAGUCCACGACUGGCUCCUCGCUCGAAUCACGUCUAUUCUGGAGGGGAGUCUGGAAAGUCCCUCCGACGCCUCGAGCACCACGCCAGCCGCGUAUGUCUUCGAAGAUAACACGUCGAACCUGACAUACUCAUCGGGGAGCAUCUCAACAGCUGCUGGGAUAAGUGUCUAUUUUGAGGGCACAAAUCUCAUCGUCUACGUACCAGGCACAGAAGAUGAUACAUCCGAAUGGUGGCUGGAUCCGAAUGGAAAGCCUUCCACUCGGAAUGCUGUCCUGGUGAAUGCUCACUAUGACAGUGUCUCCACUGGAUUUGGUUCUACAGACGAUGGUGUUGGGGUCAUAUGCGUGCUCCAGUUGUUGAAGUAUUUCACUACGCCUGGCAAUAAGCCUAAGAAUGGCGUUGUCCUUCUACUCAACAACGGCGAAGAAGACUUUUUGAAUGGUGCCAGUGUGUUUGGACAGCAUCCCAUGUCGAAAGUGGCCAGUAGUUUCCUCAAUCUUGAAGGAGCAGGCGCUGGAGGGAGAGCAGCACUUUUCCGCAGCACAGAUGAUGCCGUAACAAAGGCUUAUGCUCAUUCCAGAUACCCGUUCGGCUCGUCGACUACUGCUGAUGGAUUCAAUCGAGGACUUGUCCGAAGCCAAACGGACUAUGUCAUAUUCAACGGAAAGCUCGGUCUAAGGGGCCUCGAUGUUGCUUUCAUCGGGCCGCGGGCACGAUAUCAUACCGAUCAAGACGACUCACGGCACACCGGUAGAGCAUCACUUUGGCACAUGCUUUCAGCAGCCGUAGCAACAACCGAGUCUUUGACCUCUGCUUCUCUGAAAACGAAUCUAGAGCCUGGGAAUACACCUGGCAGUCGGGCUCUCUGGUUUGAUUUGUUCGGCAGAGCCUUCGCUGUCCUGCAAGCACAUACUUUCUUCGCACUUUCGGUCACGCUACUGGUGGCUGGACCUAUCAUCCUUCUGGCCACGCUAAUCAUGCUUUAUCGGAUUGACAAGUUUUACCUGUUUUCUGGAUCUAGGGAAUACCAUAUGCCUGAUGGGGAGGACAGAGUCUCCUUGUAUGGGUGGCGUGGGUUCUUCCGCUUCCCAAUGAUAUUCCUCGUGGCAUGCGCAGCACCAAUUGCUCUGGCAUACCUUUUGUUUAAAGAGAACCAGUACAUUGCUCACAGUAGCGAAUGGGCUGUUUGGAGCAUGAUGAUUUCAUCCUUCGUCUUUGUGGCAUGGUUUCUUUGUCGGGCAGCAGAUUUUGGGAGACCGUCAUCGUUGACUCGGGCUUACGGACUGUCUUGGAUGUGGCUUGCAUGGUGGGUUUUCUUGGUUGUCGCCACGGUCUUUGAGGAGCAUCUGCACUUGGUCGGCGUGUACUUCGUCCUCAUCUAUACAGCUACUCUCUUUUUAGCCACAUGGCUAGCCUACCUGGAGCUCUUCUCCUUACCAAAGAAAUCGACAUACUGCCGUGGUAAGUUCGGGGACGACUAUUCUACAUCGCCCUCGCGCAGUAGUUCCGGAGUCAGGUAUGGCACCUCUACAACAGGACAAGAGGAAGGUGGCGAGGAGGUCGAGAACAACGAAGAAGAGCCAACAGAAAGAUCCAGCUUGUUGAGAAGUCGGGGCCGCUCGACCUUCAAAGGGUAUCGUCCAGAAGGCACAGAACCCAGCCCAAGUGCAAAAUCCAAAGAUGACAAGAGCUCUCAGCCCGAAGAACAAGAAUGGAGCAAAUCUCAGUGGACAUCCCUCUGGCUGCUGCAGAUGCUCGUGGUUGUGCCUAUCAAUCUGGUCAUUGUUGGUCAACUUGGCUUGUUGACCACAGAGGCUCUACAUCAGACCGGACAAGAUGGGAGCUCGAUGUUUUUGGUGUACAUCAUGAUCGCAGCCGCCACGAUUCUAAUGUUUUCUCCUGUGGUUCCAAUCCUGCACAGGUUCACCUGGCAUAUUCCGAUGUUCUUCCUUCUCGUGCUAAUAGGCACGUUGGCAUACAACCUCACCGCUUUUCCCUUUUCGGCGGAUAACAGGUUGAAACUGUUCUUCGCUCAGCAGGUCAACCUGGAUACGGGAGAUAGUGUGGCGUCGCUUGGGGGAGCCACUCCUUUUGUGCGCUAUGCAGUCGGACAACUGCCCGAUGUAGCCAGUGACAGCAUUGAAUGCAUUCCAUACGGACCCAACAACAAUCUCGAGAGGUGUUCUUGGACCGGCCCUCCCCCAAACGUUGCCAACCCAUCGAGUUCACUUCCUCCCGAGAAGCAGUACAAGAGCUGGCUGAGUUUCAAUGUCACCAGGAUCAACGACAGUGACAGCGACAUCAAAGCACGAUUCGUCAUCUACGGCAAGAACACACGAGCGUGCAAGAUCAUGUUCGACUCACCGAUUAGAGCAGUCCAUGUUGAAGGCCAAGCACCUCGCGACAAGCGCUUCGCUCCCGUGCCUGAGAGUGGGAGUGGAGAGGUCCGACUUUGGUCGAGGACCUGGGAUCGGGCUUGGACUGUCGACGUGUCUUGGGCAGAUGCGACCUCGGACGAAGAGGGGGGUGCCUACGAAGGCAGCGAGAAGCUUGCUGGCAACGCCACCAUGACCGGCAGGGUUGUGUGUCUGUGGAGCGACGUGAAUCAGGUGGGAUUGAUUCCUGCCUUUGAUCAAGCUGUGCAUUACACGCCGGAUUGGGUGGCGAUCACGAAAGCCAGUGAUGGCUUGGUCGAAGGAUACAAGCAGUUCGAGGUGUGA